CUUUAGUACACUCACAGAUAACAAAUCCGGCCACACUCGUCGGUGGGUGUAUGCGUAUCAUUAUUGCUGAAUUUUAUCCACUAUCAUCCUCUUCCUCACUCUCUCCCUCCUUUCUUCUGCAACAGAAAAACCAGCAUCCAUUUUCCCUCCAACUACUUCACCCCUUAAUCCUCUCUCUCUCUCUCUCUCUCUCUCUCUCUCUCUAAAAUGCCGAUUAUUGCCAAACUACCAUCUCCCAACCUCUUCUCAACCCUGCCAUCAACGCCACCACCAAACACCCCCCGCCGCCACACCUCCUCUCCCCCCCAACCCCCAAUCCCAGUCCCCAAAUACCCCCCGCCUCCCCUCAAAUCCCGAAAACACCCUCCAAACCCCGCCUUCAAAACCCUCCACCGCAACACCAAGUACCACAAACCCGUCAAACCGGGAGUCAUCUCCUCCGACGGCGACCGGGCCGUCGUCGUCGGAGAGUCCGGUUUGUCCUAUCUCCUCCCCGGCGCCCCGUUCGAGUUCCAAUUCAGCUACUCAGAGACUCCCAAGGUGAAGCCGGUGGCAAUUCGGGAGCCGGCGUUCUUGCCCUUUGCGCCGCCGACAAUGCCACGGCCGUGGACGGGGAAGGCGCCGAUGAAGAAUGAGAGGAGGAAGGCGAGGAAGAUUGCGUUGGUUGAGUCAAUGAAUCCCGUGGCGGAGGAGGAAGGCAGAGUGAAGCGGUUGGAAAUGGUGAGGCCGUUGGAGAUGGGGAGGUUUCCGGCGGAGGUGAAACCAAGACAGAAGGUGAUUGGAAUGCCGUUGACGAGAGCGGAGAUUUAUGAGCUUUUGAAGCCUCACAUUGGAAGCAAUCGACAAGUCAAUUUAGGAAGGGAUGGAUUGACACAUAAUAUGUUGGAGUUGGUGCAUACACAUUGGAAGCGACGGCCAGUUUGUAAAGUUCGAUGCCUGGGUGUUCCAACUGUCGAUAUGAAUAAUGUUUGCCGUUGUCUUGAGGUUUGCCAUAGCUUUUACUUGGAAAAAACUGGCGGAAAGAUCAUCCACCGAGUUGGUGGUACAGUUUAUAUUUUCCGUGGCAGAAACUAUGACCAUCGCACUCGUCCAUGGUACCCCGUUAUGCUCUGGAAACCAGCCACACCAGUUUAUCCGAAGCUCAUACAAGAAGCUCCAGAAGGUUUGACAAAAGCUGAAGCAGACGAGCUACGGAAGAAAGGGAAAAACCUUUUGCCGAUUUGUAGAUUAGCAAAAAAUGGUGUGUACACUUCCCUAGUGAAAGAUGUGAGGAAUGCUUUUGAAGGAAGUCCAUUAGUUAAGAUUAAUUGCGAGCGGCUGGAGCCUAGUGACUACAAAAAGAUUGGCGCUAAGCUGAAGGACUUGGUUCCUUGCGUGCUAUUGUCUUUUGACAAUGAACAAAUAUUGAUGUGGAGGGGACAAGGUUGGAAAUCAAUGUACCCAGAAGCUCCUUCAGGUUCUAUUUCUGCAGAUAGUGACACCGCAAAUGGUUUCAACUUUUCUGGAAGUAGAAGCGAUGACUAUCAGAAACCAGACCCUAAGACAGUAAUAUCAAGCCCUAAAAUGAUGUCCCUGUGGCAGCGUGCAAUCGAAACAAGCAAGGCAAUGUUGCUGGAGGAUAUUGGUCUCGGGCCUGACUCACUCUUGCAGAAAGUGGAGGAAUUCGACGGCAUGUCUCAGGCAACAGAGCAUUCCUAUCCAGCGUUAGUCUUCUCCAGUGAAGAUGGCAAUAGUAGUCACGACGACGGAAGUGAGGAGGAUGAGGAUGACGGCGAAGAUUUUCUCAGCGACCCGUUUGAAGGAACAGAGUCAUCAGUCCCUAUCGGAUCCUUACCUGUGGAUUGGAUAGCAACGCAGCCGGAUGAGCAGUGAAAACUGACUUAAGAUCUAUGGAAGUUCUUCCAGCUGGGUCGUGAAUAUAUUAUGCUCAUUGCAUUUAAGCUCUGCUUGAGGCAAAUUUCGGUUUCUUGGCCAAAACGCUAUCAAGGUUUAGAUCGAGUUAUGAACAGCAAUGGCAAUGUCUGUCUCAACAGAGUGGUUCCCAGGUGUACAGGUAUAAGUAAUGUAAGCAUCAUAAUUGGUGGAAGUUUUUACAUUUUUUUUUUUUGUAAUUUUUCAUGUCUGGGGAAAGUGCUCCUGCUGGUAAUUAAAUCGUUCAUUCCUUCGCUUGUGUGCUCAAUUUGAGAGGAUGUGCGUACUGUAGAUAGUGCAUUUGAUCAUUAACCCUAAUUUUGGCCUCAAUGGCAAUGAAGUAAUGCAUUAGUUAGGGGAGGAAAACCCAUUCAAGUUCUUAAAA